AUGGCAUCUCUACCUCCCCGCCAGGCAUCGCAGCGACGCUCGUCGCCCCGCGAACAGGGAAGCUCCUCCGAGCAGGCUACCUUGUCGCGCGCCGAUAGCGAGUCCCUUUCCACGGCCUCCGCCGCCUCAGAUACCGUUCUGUUCGAUAGCGCCCACAUUCUGUCCCACAGCGCCGCGUCUCAGAAGACCGAGGGGAAGCAGGCUGCCGUACGGCCACCGGAUAACGAGGAGGACGAGCCGCGCAAAUGUUGGAUCUGCUUCAACGACGAGACUGAGGAUGGGCCCAACUCGUCCGAGUGGCGCAGUCCAUGUCCAUGCGCCCUGGUGGCUCAUGAGGACUGUCUGCUCGACUGGGUCGCCAGCCAGGAAGCACCCAAUGCCCGGCAGCAAGCCGGUAAAGGCUCCACGUUCUUGUGCCCUCAGUGCAAGAACGAGAUCCACCUGAAGCGCCCGACCAGCAAAAUCGUCAACGGAGUGCGUAUCAUCGAGCGCAUAACUAGCCACCUCGUACUGCCAGGCGCCAUGGGGGUGUUGGGAUAUACAGUCUACCAAGCAUGCUUCAUGCACGGUGUGAGCACCGUGUACGCCAUCUUUGGUCUCGAAGACGGUUAUCGCAUCCUGGAGCCUCUACACCAAGGCCCGGAUGCGUGGCGCACUCAUGCGCACGACUCGGUGGCUCUGGCUGCCGUCACACGCUUCUUCGAGCACGCCCGCCUAUACUUCGGCCUCUCUGCCAUUCCGCCGAUUCUAAUCUCUUCCCGCUUCUCGAUCGCGGACAGUUUCCUCCCUAUCCUCCCUAUCGUCUUCCUCGCCUCUUCAAACGUUGGCGAGGAUGUGCUCAACUUCGGCCACUGGCCGCCCAGCGCCGCGCUCUCCUUCUCGCUCCUCCCCUACAUCCGCGGCGCAUACUACACAUAUAUGGAAAAGACUUGGGCGGAAAAGCAACGCCAGUGGCUGAAGGAUGUCCAGCCUCGCGCUGGAGAGACGGAGGACGAGCAGGAGAAUGCGGAGAACGGCGCUGACCACUUCGAGGAGGGUGAAGGUGUCGACCUCUUGCUAGAGUUCGGCCUGAAUGACGAGGAUGACGAGGAGCACUUCCACGACGAUUUCCACGACCUUCCGGGCGUUGGCCAGUGGCCCGGCGACAGGCCUGCCAACCAACAAGCGCCGCCGUUCGAUGCCCCUCCGCUGGAUGACGACGGUCUCCCCCAAGCGCAGCAGCAGCCGCCACAACAGCAGCAGCAGGGUGAGGCACCACAGCGACCGCGGCCCCGCCAGCGCAAUCAGCGUGAUCGCAAUCUUAUUUGGCAGACGAAUACUUUCGCAGACACUAUUAUCGGCGCUCUGGUCUUUCCAUCUAUCGCCGCGGCCGUGGGUGAGCUGAUCCGUCUUGGCUUGCCAAGGAAGUUGACUACGCCGCCUGCGGUCGGCCGGCCAACGGGCUUGCUGCAGCAGCGGUGGGCUCGUAGCUUGAUUGGCGGCUGCCUGUUCGUGGCGGUCAAGGACGCAGUCAUGCUCUACGUGCGGUGGAAGAUGGCGCAGAACCACCGCAAGAGGCAAGUUUUGGAUUAUGACAAGAAGAAGGGUAAGGUUAUUCAGAGGUAG